AUGGCUUCACCACCACCACAACACAGCGACGGUCUUUUCUUCUCAUCAUCACCGACGCAAAUUAUCCCAGGCCCUGACCAGGAAGUGGAAGAACUUGUUCGUCGAGCGCAAAAGAUUUCCCAACUCGAUUUGUGCCUCGAGGAUGUCUUAUCGAAUAACAGAAUUGAAUUCUUCAGCAGUUUCAGGAGACAACUCGAGUUGAUCAAAUCGCGCUCACAGGCUUUCCAGGACUGUCACGUCACUGUGUACGACAAAACUCUCCUUGUACUGACGCGAAAUGGCAACGACAUGAACAACCCGUCGGCCGUCGUAUUCUAUUGUGAAGAAUUUCUUGCUAUUCCCAUGAGCUUGAGCCCAAUCCAGAAGGAGUCGUUGUUGAAGAGCUCACUCGUUGCUCCUGUGGCCUUGUCCGAAGUACAUUCCGCUCCUCAGCUCCAACAAGGCCCCGUUCCCACGAAAGGUGGCAGAAGUCUGUCUCCAGAUAAGAAGCGCUUGUUUAAGAAAGAUCGCCAGGAACAAAAGCCAGCUAUUUUCGCGAUCCUUGCAGCACAAGUUGGUGAUGCAGCGCUUCGGCUCUGGACAGUGUACGAAAAGGCCAAAGAAGAUUUCUUCGCCAUCUCUGAUUCCAACAGCUUUGACAAACAGGCCGCUGCAAAGUUCUUGCGUGAUACAGCCGAGAAUACCCUUGAGUAUCUUGCAGACAAGGAUCCUGGCCAGCAAUUACUCGACGAGCUCAAGAUGACGUUAGCUGUUGCGAAGCAUACUGCGAUGACACUGCAUGGUGGCAAGAAGAGAAAGUUUGAUGAGCCUCUGGCGUCCCGGGAUACCUACAGGGGAAAUCCAGCUCGUGUUACCAGACGAGAGCACCUCCACGAAAUACGAGCUAAUGACAAACUAGCUGAUAGAGUACAGCCUCGAGCCAAGAACGAUAGAUUCGACCUUUUUGAUGGACAUGCCCGAGCACUUGAACAUCGCCAGAGACCAAGGAGCCGAGAACGUAUGAGUGAUCGCAGACAAUUUUUCGCACCAGAAAUUUCUCCUAAGGAUAUGAGAACCUCGAAAAGACGACAGAACCAAUAUCCCGGGCGAGGCCACAGCGGCAUACCAUUUGGCUACACACGGCCCGUUGAUUCGUAUUGUCCAGGUUCCGGCUAG